CUAGAGAGAGACAGAGAGACAGACAGAGUGAGAGAGAGUGAAAUCACAUGCACUCCCUAUAAUGGUUGGUUAAAAGAGGACAAAUUCACGGACGUCCUCACUAAACUGAAUAGAAACACUUUUUUAUUCUGUUUCACUUUUUUAAAUAAAAAUAAAAAAUCUCCACCAGGAUUAUUUUUCUUAUGUGUCAUUCUGAAGAUGUUUUUCUCUUGAACACCUGUUGAAGACACAGAGACAUGUUGCUCAGGAGGGGGCGCUGCUACCACAGACUGUCCUGAAUGUGUGCAGCAGCCAACUAUGUGCUCCCAUUGAGGAGACACAGUGAGGGCGUGGCAAAUCCUGGCAGGCUGUGUGGGGGGGUGUCGAUGCCCACCCAUGCCCCUGGAGCCCGGUCACAUGGAGCCCCCCACCCACACGACGAAGAGAUGGACUUGGCCUGGCAGGAACUGAUGGCCAUCACUGAGCUUCAGGAGUUUGAGGUCCCACAUGACAGCCCAUAUGAAACUAUUCAGUACCAUCCCAUGGAGCUGCCCAUCUCUCUGGGAGGUUAUGGCAUGGCUCAGUCUCACUUUCAUACAGAGCCCCUCCCAUGUGGUGGUGAGACAAAUCCUGAUGCUGCUUAUGAGGGAUCCUACUCUAAAGUAAUGCCAGCCUGCCAACAUCAGGCCACCAGGGCAGCAGCAGAAGAGGCACUGUACGGACAUUCUGGAGCCCAGCUGAACCCCAGAGUUCUGAACCCUCUGCAGCCACCGCCGAUGAGCCUUCUAGAACAUUUGAAUCUGCCGAGUGUCGGUGGCGAGGGGCUUGUUGGAAACGACAAUGCUGGCCUCUCUCAGGGCCCGGGUCAGUACAUGCUAGGGACAGGUCAGGGGCAGAGCAAACACCCACCACGCACUGUAGAUGAUCUGGAGUCUGACUCUGGCCUAUCUCUGGGGUCCAGCCCACCACUAGCCUCACCAGAUGAUGCCAUUACUGGUGUACCUGCUUAUUCAAGCACAGAGGUUGGUCUGAACUAUAGUCACAGGGAGAUGGAGAAUAUGGGUGAGCAAGGUAGGAGAGCUAGCCUCCUUUACUCUGUGGACUAUCAGCAGCAUCCCAAUCACCCCUACCACUACUCAGGGCUGCACUCCUCUUACUUCCCUGUAACGCAACCAUCCCAAAUGCAACCACAGCCUCACUUCCUGCCUCCCAUGUCAAUGAAACAUAAACAGGGUUUACCCAGUGCUUUGAACGACCGUCAUCUUAACAGCUCUGCCACCAGAGAGAGCUCUCCUCAGGCGUUCUAUGUAAAACCCAGAGGUAACCCUCUUCCUGUCCCUCUGAGCCGGGAUGAACGCAGAGCCCUCGCCCUCAAGAUCCCUUUCCCACUAGAGAACAUCAUCAAUCUACCUGUGGACGACUUCAACGAGCUCCUGACACAGUACACCCUCACGGACACCCAGCUAUCCCUCGUCAGGGACAUCCGGCGGCGGGGGAAGAACAAGGUGGCAGCCCAGAACUGCAGGAAGAGGAAGCUGGAGAACAUUGUUUACCUGGAGGGGGAGUUGGGUCAGCUGCAGGCCCAGAGGGAACACCUGGCUAGGGAGAGUUUGGACUUCCAACGCAACCUGGCUAUUGUUAAACACCGCCUCACAGACUUGUAUGUUGAAGUCUUUUCUCAGCUCCGGGAUGAGGAUGGGCAUCCCUACUCUAUAGAUGACUACUCUCUACAGCAGACCCCUGAUGGGAAUGUAUACUUGGUGCCUCGUAGUGAAGUGUUGGAUGGAGAAUAAUGUAAAGAUGAAAUCUAUUGGACAGUUAUUGUAUACUGCCUCAGUUUAUAUACCAAUAUGAAAUUGUUGAUAAAUCUACAGUACAAUAAGUGCCAUUAAGUAUAUUUAUAUACAAAACCAUGGAACAGUGUAUGUAGAGAUCAGAUAAAAUGGCAGCUAAAAUGACACCGUUAUACAAACUAAUCAAUACUUAGUGCCUUUAGAAAGUAUUCAUAUACCUUGACUUAUUCCACAUUUUGUUGUUAUAGCCUGAAUUCAAAAUUGAU